UAUCUUUUUCUCUCCUUUUCUUUCUUUAUCUCCUAUUCCUUAUCCAUUGACAUCGUCAUUUACUUCUUACUCUUUACUUCAUUCUUUUUCCAUUCUCUCUCCCAUGCUCACCAGCUCAUUUUACAAUCUUUUCAUUGCCCUCCACAUCCCAGCUAUUCCCAGUUACUCCCCUUUCUCCUUUCCUAGAAACCCUUGGCCUGCCUUUCCUUGUUUUUCCUUUUCAUAACACUCUCUACUCCUUAACUUAUCCACACUCAAUUCCAUCUAUCACCAUGAAAGCAAAGACCCCCGUCAUGGUGUUGUCGCAACAACAGCAACAACCUUCUCCUCAGCAACAACAACAAACCCAGCCCUUCUUCAAAUCCUCUUUCAAUCAUUUUGCUAAUUAUAACAACAAUAAUAACAAUAACAACGUUGUUAGGAUUCGUCCCAAUCUAUCCCCUUCUCCUUCUUCCCCUUCUUCCCGUACCUCACACUCUUUACCAUUUAACAAACAACAACAACAACAACAACAAUUGCAUCAUCCUCAAAAACAACCUCACACUCAGCAGCAGCAGCAUCAUCAACGCUCAUUACAACUUCGUAAACCUAGUGGUAAUUCGGGUCAAAAGCAUCACUAUUACCAACAAAAACAACAACAAUUCUUUCCUCGCCAUGAUAAAGACUACCAUGAUCUAGAAUCUGAGCAAUCAUACAAUGGCCCAUGCCAUUGCUCUCCUCGUAGUCCAAUCAAUAGACAUUCACAUCGUCAGCUCUCUUCUCAAUCUCGAUCCUCUCCAUCACCGUCAUCACCGUCAUCACCAACAGUAACAUCAGCAACGACAGGGACAAUAGCAGCACCAACACCUGCAUCUGUUCAGGAUAAAAACAACAAGCUUGGAGGAAACAAGACGGACAUGUCUUCAUUUACGUCAGCACCCUCAUCUGCGUCUGAGGUAGGAGGGUCAGUGAGCCCCCCUUCGUUUGCAUCUGUUGUUCGGCCUAGAGCCGCACACUCAUCACCAUGGAAAGCUACAGUGGUCUCAUCAAACUCUCCCGUCACUCCUGUUACUGUUCAGCCUGCCGCUGCUGCUGCCAAUGAUGCCGCUUCUCUCUCCCCCUCUACUGCUUCUGUUAUCUCUGUUACUUCUGAUUCCCCCUCUGUCCAGAGCACUGAUCAGCAGUCUCAAUCAAUCAAUGCAGAAUUAAAUUUGCAGGAGAAGGAGCAUGGACCCACUUUUCAAUCCAACAAACGAUUAAAUACUUUAAGCACAUCUUCCAGAACCCCACAUGAACCAGAAAACACGAGCAGUGGCUAUGAUACAUUUGGGACGGAAGAUGACGCUACUUUUCAUGGCAGUGAUUCAAAUGAUACAGAUUAUUCCUCAGUUGUUUCAACCCCAGAUGAUUCCUUGGUUCUAGAAAAACGUCGCUCUCGGAAAAAGCGAUCCAUUGAAAGGCUUAUCGCCAAGAACAAAACUCUUAAAUCAUCUCUCGCUCAAGCCAAAGCAGACUUGGCUGCUGAAAGACACAGUAGAGCCAUGAUUGAUCAGAUCUACUUGAAGAUCCGAAAGGAACUUAAUAACAAAUUGGAAGAAGAGGAGAACAAGGUGGCUAAUCUAAAAGCCGAAUUAGAGAUGAUGAGUGAAGAGCUGAAGCAGCAAAAGGAAGAACAGAGUCGUAGUAGACAAACAUCAUCCCAAGGGAGUCAUAAUGACAGUACCAGCAAUUCUUACAAGAUUGGAUAUAACAGUUCUACUUAUUCACUCUCCUCAGGACUUACGGGAGGGUUAAUGCUACAUCACUCAAAUUUAUUGGAUAGCGUCUAUGAAGAAGACGAGUUUUUCAGUUAUGUACCAUCAUUAUCAAGCAAGAGCCAAAUGAAGCAAGAGUCCUCUAGUAUUGUACCGACAUCAUCGCCGCCACCGCCAUCGUCACCAUCAUCCCCAUCAUCCCCAUCAUCCCCAUCAUCCCCAUCAUUAUCACAUCUAUCGCCUGAUUCGUUAUCCUUGAAUGUUGAGCAACAUGAUCAAAGUGAUCAAGCUCCAGUAUCUGAUGAAGCUGUUGAGAAAUCAAUCUCCGCUGAAGGCGAAAAGGUAGCUGAGCCUGAGAAGAAGGUUACGUUUUCUAUAACGCCCUGCGACGUUCUCAGCAUUGCUCCAUCUCACUCUACCAUUUUCUCGGUACAGGAAGUCUUCAUCAAGGAUGGGGAAAUUAAGGAUGUAGGGAAUGAAGUCACGAACGAAGAAGAUGAUGAUGACGAGGACGAGGACGAUGAUGAUUCAGAUGAAGCGCCUUGUACAAUGAUGGAGAUCAUGAUCAAAAAGCAACAAUUACAAUCCUCAGAGGAUGAUGUUCAGGAGGAUUUACCGGCAGAUGCCAAUGAGACUUUUGAUUCUAUGGCACAAAAAUUUUUACAUCAGGCUCUUCAUGCUAAAUUUACGCCUGCCCGUAUGAUCCUUCAGUUGGAUGAUCUUUUGUUAAAAUACGAUUCUUCAACAGAAGACCUGGUCAUGGUUCUGGUACAAGAAUCGACAAAAUGGUGGGAAGAUGCACGAAUCGAGGCAGGAGGGCCUCUUACAGGGGGAUGGGGGAAUAUUUCAGGACCAUCUAUUUCAAAUACUGGAGGGAAUCGUAUCAACGCCAGUGCCAGUGCCAGUGCCAGUGUCAAUGUUAAGGAGGCAGUGGAGACUCAAUUCAAAGCGAUCUAUGUACCACUGUUGUUGAAUUAUGUGACAUCCCAUCAGGAACAAAGGAUGUUGCUGGAUAAAUUGGAGACAACCGUAAAGACAAAUGCUCGAUGGAUGCGUAACCAUACGGCUCAACUGAUGGCGCUUUACAAGUUUGAUGUCUUGGAUGCAGAUGCUAUUCUUGAAUGGUGGCGUCUAUUCAAGGAGCCAAAUGGCGUGCUCGGUCAUGGAGGUGGUCUUCGUAGUAUGAGCUCUAAAUUUAUCGCUUGGUUGGAAGAUGAGGAAGAAGAAUCGGACGAUGAUUCUGAUGAUUUGGAUGAUUCUGAUGAAGACGACGAAGACGAAGACGAAAUUGAGGACGAGGAUGAGGACGAAGUUGGUGAAGAUGAUGAGGAUAACUCUGAAUAUGAAGGAGAUGUUGAUAGAAACCUCGUUCGAGGAGGUUCUGUUAAAGAAGGACAAAAAAACAUUGUUGGUCUUCAUCUUUUUGGUACAACAGCAACGACUUUGACAUCAAAAACAUCAUCAUCACCAUCACCAACAUCAUUGCCAUUGACACGGAAUCAACAAGUUUUUAUGAGUUCUCAGGAUGUCUUUAAAUCAUUGGACAGGGACUUGGCAAGAGCUGAGGCAGAGAAGGAGGAGGAGCUUAUGGUGAUUGGCUCGGAUGAUGGAAUGGAUGAUCAACUUUCGAGCACAUCUUCAUUAGAGCGCAUUGAAGAGUCUGAACGGGAACGAAGGAUAAGCUUCUGUACAGAUAACAUGUAUAUUGACCGCGAGGGUCGGAUCAGAGUUGGAUCUGCACCCUCCAUUACAGUGCAAAUGUCGGCAUCCGUAUCAUCGCUGCCGAAGACGAGUAAGAGUACAGUAAUUAAAAACUGUUCACUCCUACUCCAGGAGGAUGUUGAAGGUGUUGAAGGUGUUGAAGAUGUAGAAGAGAUGACAACAGCUCAAGUUGAAUAAGAAAAAUGGAGGGUGGUUGAACUUUUAUUUUUUUUUUAUUUUUUUUUUAUAUACACAUAUAGUUUAGUGAUUUAGCCAUUCUCCACCUCCCACGCACCUCAUAUUAGUUGUCUUUUGCAACAAUUGUACUAUAGAUGCUUCAAUUUUUUAUGGCUAUGCAUCUUUAU